AUGAUUGGUGAAUCUCGUAUCGGGAGAGUUCUACUUGAUCUGGGGAGUAGUGUGAACUUGCUCCCAUUUUUGAUAUAUGAACAAUUGGGUUUGGGUGAGUUGAAGAGAACUACUAUGAUGCUACAGUUGGCAAACCAAUCUGUCAAAGCUCUGCGAGGCAUUAUUGAGGAUCUUGAGGAAUUUGAUGAAAAAUUGCCAGGAUCGAAGGGGCAGAUUCCUGAGAUAGAUGGUACCCCUCAUGUGUUCGAUGCAAGAUACACAAACGGCACAUUCCCUGUGGUAAUUUCUUCCCACCUUACUCUUGAACAGGAAAUUGAGCUAUUUCAGGUACUAAGGGAGCAUCGCGGAGCAAUAGGAUGGACUAUUGUAGACAUCAAGGGUAUCGACCCCUCGAUUUGCACUAAUAACAUCUUCCUUGAAGGAGAUGCUAAACCAGUUCGAGAUGCACAUCUAAGGUUGAAUCCAACAAUGACAAAGGUGGUAAAGAACGAAGUGCUGAAAUGGUUAGCUGCUGACAUCAUCUAUCUGAUCUUCAACAGCAAAUGGGAAUUUGACAUCACCAUUCGAGACAAAAAGGGCAUAAAAAAUUUUGUAGCUGACCAUCUCUCUCAUUUGCAACUACCUGAGGUGCCUGUAUCCCCCUCUCCCUUAAAUGAUGAUUUUCCUGAUGAGCAUCUUUUUCCAGUAUCACGCGCUCCAUGGUUUGUUGAUAUUGUGAACUACCUUGUCACUGACCGAAUGCCAAAACAUUGGCUAAUUCAGGAUAAGCAUGUGUUCCUAAUGAUGAAUUCACUUCUGUGA